AUGAGGAGUGCGGGGGCGACGGAGGGAAACGCGGAGAAGAGGUAUGUGCAGCUUACAAAGAGCAAGACAGUGACAGAUGAGAAGAAGGGGCUGCUGGAGACGCUGCUGUCUGCGCCCCUGAACGUGACCAUCAGGGAGAUCGAGGUCAACUCGGCGGUGGUCACAUGGGAGAUCCUGGAGGGCGACCCGGUCAUCGGAUUCGCCAUAACACAACAGAAGAAGGAUGUGCGGAUGCUGCGUCUGAUCCAGGAGGUGAACACCACGACUCGCUCGUGCGCUCUGUGGGACCUGGACGAGGACACAGAGUACAUCGUCCACGUCCAGAGCAUCAGUAUGGGAGGCAGCAGCCCGCCCAGUGAACCUGUGCUGUUCAGGACGCCCAAGGAGUCAGAGAAGCUGGCGUCACAGAGUCCAGACAGAUUGAUGUCAGAGGAGUUUGCUCACGCUGCUCAGCUUCGGGCCGGGGAGCUCAUCAUCAUCGUGGUGGUGCUGGUCAUGUGGGCAGGGGUGAUCGCUCUGUUCUGCCGUCAGUAUGACAUCAUCAAAGACAACGAGCCCAACAACAACAAGGACAAAGCCAAGAACUCCUCAGAGUGCAGUACCCCGGAGCACCCACAGGGGGGGCUACUGCGAAGUAACGUGUGAAACCAGCCCUGCAUCGCCUUCUGCAAUAACCGAUUCUUCCAACCUCAGGACUGUUCCUGAGACCAACCGAAAGCCAUCACCAAAUCACCAUCGUCCUGAAGAACUGCUCCCCAUCACUGAACUCUUUUUCCAAUGGCAGACUUCUAAACACCUCCAAAAGUGACGGACAAAAUUCACUUUGUCGCG